AUGAAAAAACAGAUCGAGUAUUUACUGGACAGACAACUGAUCCGCCCAUCCACCUCUCCCUACGGUGCACCAGUUCUCUUCACCCCAAAACCAGACGGCAGUCUACGGAUGUGCAUCGACUACCGCGCACUGAAUAUACAGACAGUUAAAAACAAAUACCCCAUACCGCGCAUAGACGACCUACUGGACCAACUGCGUGGUGCAACAGUCUUCUCGGAGCUAAACCUACGGUCGGGUUACUGGCAGAUCAAGAUGGCGGACAACUCGAUCCACAAGACGGCGUUCCGUACGCGAUACGGCUCCUACGAAUACUUGGUGAUGCCGUUCGGACUCUGCAAUGCACCAGCGACGUUCCAGGCGGAGAUGAACCACAUCGUACGACCCCUACUGGACGAGUGCGUAGUAGUGUACCUGGACGACAUUCUCAUCUACUCCAAGAACAUGAAGGAGCACGUGGAGCAUCUGUGGAAGAUGUUCAAGAUCCUGCGGAAAAAUAAGUUCUACGUGAAGCUGUCAAAGAGCGACUUCGCACUGAAGAAGGUGCAAUUUCUCGGGCACAUGGUGAGUGCUGAGGGCGUACACGUAGACCUGCGGAAGAUCGAAGCCGUUAUGAAGUGGAAAGCUCCGGGGAACGUGAAGGGAUUGCAGCAGUUCCUCGGCUUCGCCAACUACUACAACAGGUUUGUGCCGCAGUAUGCUAAGUUAGCAGAGCCACUGACCGACCUACUGAAAAAGGAUACGCCCUUCAAAUGGGAUACUCCUCAUCAGCAAGCCAUGGAACAGCUACAGACAGCACUGACCACAGCGCCAGUACUCAUCCUACCGGACCCAGACAAGGACUACGUAGUUGAAGCAGACGCUAGUGACCAGGCAGUCAGAGCAGUACUGAUGCAGGAUCACGGACGCGGUUUACAGCCUAUCGCCUACCUCAGUAAGAAGUUACACGGAGCAGAACUGAACUACCCCAUACACGACAAGGAAGCCUUAGCCAUAGUCAUAGCCUUCAAGGCGUGGAGGUGUUACCUAGAAGGAGCCAAGACCAUAGUUUACACUGACCACUGCAGCCUUAAAUACCUGAAGUCGCAGCCGACGCUCUCACGACGACAGGUGCGGUGGGUGGAUUUCUUGGAGACCCACUUCCACUACGACAUCAUCUACAAACCCGGGCUACACAACAAAGCUGACGUGUUGAGCCGCCCCGGUCACGUAGCAGGCAUCCAGCUCGACGGGAUGAACCCUCUACUCAAGGGUCUAUUCCAACAUGGGUACUCCGUGGACGGCGAGAUCGCAACGGCAGAGAAACAGAAGCUGUUACAGUGGGAGAAAGACUUAGCGGUAAGGAAGGGUUCAGGAAAGAUUUGGGUACCGAAUUACGCCCCGCUACGGCAGAUCCUAUUGAAAGAGUUUCACGACGUACAUAUGCGGGACAUUUCGGGAGUAACAAGACGUUAG